CUUGACUAAAUUAGAAAAUAAUUGUCAAAUGUAUACUUUUAUGUAUUCCCUAUGACGUAAGAAUAAAAGUUAUAUAAAUUAUUUAAAACAGAGUGUUAUUGAAAGGCGCAUGCAAGCUGUGUAGAUACAUGUCAGGGAUAUACACAGAACAGGGGACAAUAAUGUCACAUACACGUGGUCUCAUUGGUACUAAAAGAUUAAAAGUCAUUCAAGAAGAUGUCUCAAAGUCGUGUGUCUCGAACUAGUAGAGCCACAGCUAAAGAAAGCCAAGGCCGAACCCCAAAGCCGGAAGAGACAACCCCUGUACCAUCUGCCAACCACAGUCAAGGAAGAAAUUCUGAACUGGCAAGACAAUCGCCGAUGUCUAACCGAAGUCCAGCGGGAAUUUCUCGGACACCGAGUGCUGAUCGUAGGUUACUGAGAGCACUAACAGUUUCACCGAAUACCGGCGAAUACAAAGAUGACGACGACGAUGACGCGACCCCGGAACCACAAUACACUGCCCGACAAUCCACCCAGAAUCGACAAUCUACUCGCCUCAGUGUAAACCGCACGCCAACACAGUCACCAUAUGUGGAGGGCAGUCCAAAUCGCGUGUCCGCUACACCUUCCGUACAAAAUGGUAGAACUGUCAUCGGGAUCCCGUCUCCAGUGAGAGAAGGCAGAGGGGAAGACUGGCAGGCAAAUAAAAGCGUUCCCCAGGCGAACAACUACAUGUUGAAAUAUGAGGUCGCUUGUGACGUGACGUUUUCAGUCGGUGAUUCCAAAGAAGAGAUUCGAGCCCACAAGUAUAUGCUGAUGGCCCGCAGCCCUGUCUUGUUUAAGUCGUUAAUUAAACAUUUGGGCAAUAUGGAUGUGAGGAUCGGGGUGCCCGAUAUGAAACCGGACUGUUUUAGGGAUAUGCUACAAUACAUAUACACGGAUGAAUUUGAUAUUCACUCGGACAAUGUGACUACAAUGCUGUACGCUGCCAAGAAAUUUCAGUUAAAAGGUUUAACGAACCUUUGUUUCCAGUAUCUUGACGCAGAAAUGCACGACGAGACAGUAUCGAAAAUUAUGGAACAGGCGCAUAUCUACAACGAAACUGGAUUGUAUGAAAAAUGUCUUAGAUACACUCUAACAAACGGUAAUGUAGUGCUCCGUAAGCCUGGGUUUUCGGAACUUUGCUCUGAAUGUGUGUCAAGAAUUAUAAAAUCAGAUGAUUUGAGAGCAAACGAGGAAGCCGUGUUUGAAGCUUGUAUGACCUGGGCAAAUGCCGAGUGCAGACGACAAAAGAAGCAGCCAACAGACGAGGCGCGUCGUGAAGUUCUCGGAAAAUUGCUUUACUUAAUCAGAUUUCCGGUAAUGGACGUAACCUACUUUACACAAAAGGUAUCCCUCGGAAAUCUUUUAUCACAUGAUGAAACUUUAUCCAUUUUUCAAUAUUUUCAUGGCGAGGAGCAGCAACUGCCGAACCGGUUUAGUAGAAACGAACGCAACCGAUUCCCGCGUAAUAUCAAAGACAACACAGAACCACUGAUGCUAUCUACACGUAGUCCUAAUAUGUCAUGUGUACGUCGGUUCCGGUCCACCGAAGGGCAAUGGAAACACAACUGCUCGCCGGAUGCCAUUUCAUUUACGGUUACCCAUCCAAUAGUUCUGUAUGGUGUCGAGGUGUAUGGAGUCGCGAGUGGAAAAGAAACGUAUUCCUUAGAAAUUCUCGUAUACGACGACAUUACGCGUGAAGAAAUUCGUAGAAAUAAAGCCAGUGUGUUUACGAGCAGUAUCAAGCAAACGUACGAAGUUUAUCUCACUCGUCCUCUGCGAAUUCCUGCCAGAAGGUUAUUUACGGUGAUGGUAAUUACGAAGGGGUGUCCCACUAUUAAAGGAGUGGACGGAGAAAAAAUUCAUAUAGUUGACGGUGUUCAGUUCGAAUUUAGCGAUAGCCAUAGGAGCCAUAAUGGUACGAAUGUCAGCGUGGGUCAGAUCCCCGGUAUUUUGUUUAACAAAACCCAGUAAUCGUCACAUGGGUCAAAUUCCAGCGUUUUGUUUUGCAAAACCCAGUGAUGCCAACGUGGGUCAGAACCCCGGAAUUUUGUUUAACAAAACUCGGUAAUGUGAACAUGGGUCUGAUUCCAGAUAUUUUGUUUAACAAAACCUAGUGAUGUCAACGUGGGUUUGAUUCUAGACAUUUUGUUUAACAAAACAUACUUGUCGUCAACAUGGGUCAAAACAAGAUUGCACAAAACGGAAUAGUCUGUAGCGGAAUAACUGUUUAUACGUUACGCAACACAAUUGCACAAAAUUAACGGAAUAGUCACGUAAUGGAAUAACUGUUUAUAAAUAUGUUAUGCAACAAAAUUGUUGAAAAGUUAACGGAUUAGUCUGUAACGGAAUAGCAAUUUAGAUGUUAAGUAUGAUACACGAACAAUGUAACUGGAAGUUCCAAUUAAUGUGUUAAACAUUCUGAACGCAGACGGAACGCACAUACUAUUGAUUAAGAACUUAUAUAGCAGAUCCAUGUUUUAAUAUAUCGAAACAAUACAAUGAGGUUGUACGCUCGCGGAAUAUGCGCGCGAGUGAAUUAUAAGUUCGGCUGUAUAUUAUAUCGAUUCUAAUAAUUAUGUCUUUUAUCAUUAUGUAAACAAGUAGAUGAAAUAGGAAGCACUAUUUCAUGGCGCAUGUAUGGCACCAAAUAUAGUAGGUCGACUUGACGUUAACGCGUAAAUGUGUUUUAACAGUGUUAAGAUAAGAUAAAUAGUACGUCCCGUGGAAUAAUUUAGGAGUGCGUAGACGUCUACUGAGUUAUUUGUCACGCCUAACGGGUAAAUUAAGUGUAAUACCAUUCUGUGAUAUGGUUUCGAUUCUGAAACGUCUUUUAUAUAUGAUGGUAGAUCAAAUGUAGUAGCACAAUUUCUCAGCUCUUGUAUGGCAACAAAAAUACGUCGAUGUGACAUCAGAUUUCCGUGUUUUAAUGGAAAUGUAAACGAAUGUUUCAUAUUAGAAUAAUUUUAUCACCGUGUAUAACAGCGUAGGUCAAUAAAUGGGAGAGUUGUGCAUUUGAGUGAUAAUGGCAGCUUUUGCAGCUAGGUGAUAAUAGCCCAAGGGCUUCAGUCCGAGGGUUAUUUCAUUCUUCCAAGGGCAUUAGCACUCAAAAGCUCCGCUCUCCGAUGUAUUUACCUGUUUAUUACAUGCUUACCUAAAAUAUACCUAUGAGGAGAAAAUAUAGCUUUUCUUAUAUAUUACAGAAUUUAAAAAAAUGUUUGGUUUGGUGUAGUUUAUACGAAUACACGCAUUGCUUAUGUACAGCUGAGACUUCUAAAUUUUACUUUAUGUAAUUUAGUAGAAAUUGUUUUACAGUUUGAAGAAUAUGCAUGAAAUCUGCAAGCAUGGUAUAUUUAUACAGUAAACUGAAAUUAAAACUAUAUUUAUUGACCUGCUCAUUAAAUCUAAGUUUUGUAGAAACGCAAGACAGCAGAUCAGUAAGUGAUCUGUAACAGACUUGAAACAUACCAUUUUAAAGGGGUUAGUUUUAACAUAUUUAAAGGACUUAGAAAAUAUUAUGAAAAAAAAACUGUAAAGCGGUCAUUUGUUAUCACUGGACACUGAAUAGUAUAUAAAGAUGUUUGAAAACGCUUAUCAACAAAAUAUUAUAUUAACUGGUGUUAGUGUUAAAACGUGAUAUAUCAUAUUAAUUGUUUGAUUUAUUUACAGUUUCGAUAUGUUUAAAACGAAUAUCCGUCCAUUAUAGAAUUAAAGUUAU